AAGAGUAUCAUUCACUAUUUAGCCAGAAUACCACGCUAACAACUCAGGUCCUUCAAACGUCUCAGGUGGGCCAGGUGGUGCAGGUGGUCAGGGUGUUCCUCAGACUGUCACGGUGGCAGGACCAGGUCAAUCAGCGGGCAACCCCGGAGGCUCGCAGGGUCAGGGCGCAACUCCAUGCCCGGAGAGUGGAUCAGGCUCAGGCUCAGGCUCAUAUCCGGGUACCGUCACUGUCACCGGCGCCAACAAUGGACCAGGCGGGGCCAACGGAGGUAGCGGUUUCUCGCCAACAGCGGUCACCAUCACUGUUCUCGGAAACCCGUCUGGAGUACCUGGAAGCAACGGAGGCGGCAACGGUGGUAACGGAGGUCCCAAUGGAAACCCCAAUGGCAACCCCAAUAGCGACCCCAAUGGCAACGGCAAUGGGGGCAACGGCAAUGGGGGCAACGGAGGAGGUCAGCUGCCAACGCACACCGUGUCGGCUCCCGGAAUCCCAGAGGGACCCAAUGGCGGCGGCAAUGGAGCUGGCUUUUCGUCACCGCUGGCUACCGCGACAGGUUCGGGAAAUCCUGGGGGACAAGGAGGUAACAACGGAGGCAAUGGAGGCAAUAACGGUGGCAAUGGAGGUAACAAUGGUGGCAAUGGGCCCAACAACGGGGGCAGCGGGCCCAACAACGGGGGUAGCGGACCCAACAAUGGAGGCAACAAUGGAGGUGGUGCCUUCGAGCCAACUGUCACCGUGUACAUCCCUCAGGGCGCAUCGGCAGGACCCAACGGCGGUGCAGGAGGGCAAGGUCUCUCGUCGCCUAACGGCGCUGGGCAAGGUGCCGCCACUCCAGGUGGCUACGGAGGAAACCCUGCCGGACAGCAAUCCGUCGGCUCUGGUUCUGGCGCAGGAUCUGGUCAAGGAUCUGGCUCUGGUUCUGGCGCUGGCCAAGGUCAAGGCAGUGGUUCUGGCGCGGGAAUUCUUACUGACUCUCCCCCAGCUGGUGGAUAUGGGGGUAGCCAUCCAACACCUCAAUCCGGAGCUGGCGCUGGCGCUGGACAAGGUCUACCGACACAUACAGUGACUAUUCCUUUAGUAACCCCGACUGCAACAGGUAAGGUUAUGUCCAUUGUCCAUUUGUGAGAUAGUACAACUAACUCUUGUGUCAUGUAGUGGCUCAGCUCCAAAGCGGCUCAACUCCAUGCGAUCAGUCAGGAGCUCUACCAACUGGCGGCGUGCCAAGCAGUGGAUGGAAUGCAACUCCCACUGAACCUUCGGUCUCUCUUCCACCCAUGCCCAGUCUGCCACCACCUGUUUCGCAAGCACCGGCAGAGACACCUACUGAGGUUGCGACUCAAUACCCGACCGGUACUGUAGGAUGUUUAUCAAUGACCACGCUGACUAUGGCUUCGAGAACGUUUUCA